UCACCGUCAACAUCAGUGAAAUUCCGUGCAACUCUACCAUCAUCCACUGAUUUGAGGGAAGUCAUUUACAAGCCUCUUAUACCUCAGCAUUUCAGCUCUGUUGGAUUGACACAUUGUUAAUCAAUGUGCCUUCACAUCAUCGUACUCAAACUGUAGCCUACCUAUAUUUUUGAACUCCUUCCCCACCCUCUGCUGGUAGCUUGGCCUCGUACACAGCACCCUGAAUCACGCAGUGCUAACUAGGCUAGGCAGCUCUUCCGAUACUGUGGCAGAGACGCACCGGCUCCAACAACAUAGCUAACGGUGCUCUACAGACUCAUUUGGCUCCUUCUACAUUGAAGCCGAAAGAGGAAAAAAAACAAUAACAUACAAUCGAAGGAAGUGAGAUAUAGAUAUCCAAUAAACAAAUAAGUGAAGAUGAUUAAGCUCUUUUCUCUGAAGCAGCAGAAGAAAGACGAGGAAUCUGCGGGAGGAAACAGAACAGGAGCCGGGGGUAAAAAACUAAGCGCGGCCCAGCUUCGAGUACAGAAAGAUAUCAAUGAGCUGAAUCUGCCCAAAACAUGUGAGAUUGACUUUCUUGACGAAGACGACCUGCUCAACUUCAGACUCAUCAUCUCCCCAGAUGAGGGUUUUUACAAGGGUGGCAAGUUUGUCUUCAGCUUUAAGGUAGGACAAGGCUACCCCCACGACCCACCCAAGGUGAAGUGUGACACUAUGGUGUACCAUCCCAACAUCGACCUGGAAGGAAAUGUCUGCCUAAAUAUCUUAAGAGAGGACUGGAAGCCUGUGUUGACAAUAAACUCGAUCAUAUAUGGACUACAGUAUCUAUUUCUAGAGCCCAACCCAGAGGACCCGUUGAAUAAGGAGGCAGCAGAGGUGUUGCAGACGAACCGGCGGUUGUUUGAGCAGAACGUGCAGAGGUCCCUGCGGGGGGGCUACGUGGGGGCCACCUACUUUGAGCGGUGUCUGAAGUAGCUCCUCUUCCAAGAUGCUUUUCAGUUUCCCCCCCCCCCCCCCGAGACGCUUUACCGUUUACACGCGCGGAGACACUGACCGACUCACUGACUGGAGUGGACGUUGGGGGGGCGGGGGCCGGGGUGGGGGCGUUGGGCUCCU